ACGCUCAGAUGGAGAUUCGAAGACGCUGCAUAGGUGAGAGAUGGAACGGAGAUGAGUACAAUUUGGUGGUUGAUGCUGGCGUAGCUAACAAGGUCGGUCAACUUGGAGUACGUGGGCGUUGCAGCGGCGGCGGCGGGUUUGGCGCGUGCGGGAUAGAGGACGCUGUGAGCUGUCGCGUGUCUUGGAGAGAGGGGCGGGAUGAUGGAUGAGAUGGACUCGGCGAGGAAGCACGAUAAGGCUAAGUGGAGUUUGAGAGGCGAAAAAGGCGAGAAAGGACGAAACGUGGGCGCGUCGGUGGCUAAAGCAAGGACGGGCGAGGGCGGAUGCUGCGUGUGGUUGAGGCGGGUGGUGAGAGGCCGGGUGGGAGAGAUAAGAGGGAGCGGUGCGGGCGGUUGGCAGUCGAUGGUAUGUCUGAAUGCUUGGGAGCCUGGAGCAAGGGAGACGACAGAUGAGAAGGAGACGCGAGUACAGGGAGCAGGUGUUUCCAGUCCGAGCUUAGAGUGUUUGGAGUGUUUGGAAGUGUUUGGUGUAGGUGGUUGGAGCGAGGCAAUGGAGAGGUCGCCCUGGGAGAUGUUGCAGAUGUAGGUGGGUGUUUGGUGGUUGAUCCAGAUGGCCGGGACCGCCAGGUCGGGCGGGUGGCAGUGGCCUUCAGUGAACGACAGGGCGGCAGGGCGGCAGGGCCGUGCCACAGACAGCCCUGGAGACCACCACAGGUACCUUG